AUGGACGAGCAGUCUACACGGAGACCUGUCUGCACUUUGUGCCGACGUGUUUUCUCUCCGUCUGACCCUCAUGCCCAAUGUUCGGAUUGUCGUGGAUUAUGCAGUUUAUUAGAGCGUUGCGAGCUCUGCUCCGAUCUACCAGAUGAAUCCUUCAAACUGUACCUGCAUAAAUGUCGGCGUCGGGUGUCAGAUCGUCUCUCUAAGACUGCAGAAAAAUCCACGAAAGCCAAGAAAACACCGGUCAAGAAAGCGAGAUCGACCCGAUCACCCUCACAGGCGGGCCAGAAUACUCGGGAUCAAACUGGUCCCAUGAUCUCGUUAGACGAUGAGGGGGUCUCUGACUCUUUUCUCACAGACGACAUGUCUAAGGUAUCCACGAAUCCACCUUCAAAGCCGAACCUACCCUCCACAUCCCGAGACUCGGACAUUCGACGAGUCCUCUCGUUAGACACGAGUGUGGAUGACCGGCUUACGUCAGCCAACGUAUCCAACCCGACCGAGGUUCGUACUUUCGACUCGUCGUGUUCUACGACUAACAGGGAGCUCGCUCCUGUUUUACCUUCGGAGGGUACACAUGGUACUGGUACCUCGGUCGACCCUAUAAGUUCGGUCCGUCGUUCGAAAUCUCCCAUACAACGAUCUUCGCAGGAUCGAUCCUCUCAAGACCAGGAGUCGUAUGACGACUCAUCGGAUCAAGGUUCACGAACCUCCCAUUCCAAAGAGGAUUCACAAGACGAUAGACAUUCGUCCCGGGAUCGACUAGCAUCGACAGUCAGUGCACUUUAUUCAGUGCAAUCAUCGGGGGAUCGGCAUUCAGACUGGGACCAACGGACUUCUCACUCUCGACACCGAGAUGAUUCACCGAACAUCCCACCAUCGAAGGUUCCUCGUACUUCCGAACCUCGAACCUCUGAACACCGAACCUCCGAACUUGGACCCCCGAACCUCCGAACCUCCGAACCUCCGAACCUCGAACCUACGAACAUCGGGCCUCCGAACCUCGAUCCUCCGAACUUCGAACCUCCGAACCUCCGAACCUCCGAACCUCGAACCUCCGAACCUCAUCGAACCUCCGAACCUCAUCGCACCUCCGAACAUAACCGACCCUCCGAACCUCGUCAAACAUCCGAACCUCGUCGAACAUUCGAACAUCGUCGAACCUCCGAACGUCGCUGUACUCCCGAGGUGCGACAGUCACGUUCGAAUCGUACAUCUUCGGACAAACAAAAGAGAAUUCGAGCCUCGUCGAACCUCUGA